AACCUUGAGCCAGAACGGCUCAUAGGGCAGGAGUCUCCUGUUUCUGUAGCACGAGGCAGCUUGAUGUACAAGUACACCCCCUGGACCGGAUCUAUCGCAGGGCAAUACCCCAUAAUGCUGAGGGCCAACCAGAGAUGCAUCAGGUCCCAUUGUUAUAGUCUUCGGUAUCCCGGGGCAGCAUGUAGCCUAGUGGUUAGAGCAUUGGGUCAGUAACCGAAAGGUUGCUGGAUCGAAUCCUGAGCUGACAAGGUACAAAUCUGUCGUUCUGCCCCUGAACAAGGCACUGUUCCCCUGUAGGCCAUCAUUGUAAAUAAGAAUUUGUUCUUAACUGACUUGCCUAGUUAAAUAAAGGUUAAAUAAAAUGAAUGACUCAGCCAGGGAUUGAACUCACAACCUUCAAAUCUCAGGGUGGACACUCUAACCACAAGGCCACUAAGUUGCACCGUAUGAAGGAGGUGUAUGGAAGGUUCGAGUAGACCUACCGGACAAAUACCCCUUCAAGUCUCCAUCUAUAGGAUUCAUGAAUAAAAUAUUCCAUCCCAAUAUUGAUGAAGCGUCUGGUACGGUGUGUCUAGAUGUCAUCAACCAGACAUGGACAGCCCUGUACGACCUGACCAACAUCUUUGAGGCGUUCCUGCCCCAGCUGCUGGCCUACCCCAACCCCAUCGAUCCUCUCAACGGAGACGCUGCUGCCAUGUACCUGCACCGGCCAGAGGACUACAAACACAAGAUCAAAGAGUAUCUCCAGAAGUAUGCGACAGAGGAGGCUCUAAAGGAGCAGGAGGAGGGAGGCGACUCCUCAUCUGAGAGUUCCAUGUCAGACUUCUCCGAGGAUGAGGCUCAGGACAUGGAGUUGUAGUGAAGGGGAGACAAACCCCCACUCCCCUCACACACACAGACUAUAAUUUCCUAAAGAGCAGAAACAGACUAUUAUAUACAUAUAAACAUGGCCAUUUUUUUAUUACUAAACAAGGAUUUUUAUGGAUUAUAUGUAUGAGAAGCGGCGGUGUGAAAUGUUAAAAUGUCACCCUCGUCUAGAUAUUCUUUAUAACUCAGUCAUAGUCCCCCUCCACCACCACCUCCACCUUUACCUCCACCACCACCACCACCACAUUAUUACCCCCUCUUACCCAGAAAGGAGUGCAGCAUUCCCAGGAUCCUAAAUUCCCUCUGCUGUGGUCUGGGUUGUAUUCUCAUUGACCGUUGACCCACUAUCCGCGGGGUAGGCAGAAAGCGGGUUUUUCAGGGAUACAAUAUUUAACAUAACUUCCGUUUCCCCUUAAAUGGAUGUGGGGACUCAGCUCAGGCGCCUGCUACAUUAGGUUACCUUUGACCCAACCCUGAUAGAACUGAUGGGGUGAGACCAGAGAGCCGUGCACCAUGGGAAGACGAGUGUCAGACUGUCAUUGUCAUGACGGAGACAGGGAUGGAAUGUUUAUACUCAGUAACCCGGCCACCCCCCACUCUAAUUAGAUUUUUAAUUCUCAGAAUUGUUCUAUAUUUGAUUUAGUGUGUGAAUCACUGUUUUGACAGGCACAGCUUUUUACCCUCCCCUUGCUCUCAGAGAAGCUCUCUGGCUCUAGUCCACGGCCCACUGUUUCUGGAGUCAUUACCACAAUAAGGAAUCGCACUUUGAGAUCCAAUUUCACUUGUUGACUUUCUACAUUUUGGGGGUUGGAAGCUACCAUCAGGAGCACCACAUGAUCACUCCUUCCCAAGGAUCAGUUAGUGCGUUUAAUCCAGACCUAUCCAAUAUGGCUGCCAUUGUCAGGCCUCACCCCAGAGGCCAGUACAUCCUAUCCAACCACCACACCCUGUUUGUCAUAGAAACUGUUCUGUAAACAAGCCUUUUAGCCUGUAGUCAGGAGCACCAGCCCACCAACCAAGAGACACCUUACCACACCUAAAAACACCAGAGUUGAAGGUGGACUGAACAUCCUUUCUUUUCUUUCUUUUUUCUCCUCUCUGCUCAGUGACUCCUUCAGAGGCUUGCUACUUGUUGUUUUCACAAAGGGAGGGUAGGGGGGUCUCUGUGUCUGUGUGAGAGAGAACCAAUCUUAUGUUUUCAGACCCAACUGACCCAAAUGGAAGUGAACCAGACUACUAGAGCCAUAGUAGUUUGUCGUCCUCGGUGACAACCCUAACACACAACACAACAUGAAACAACACACUGUUGUCGCCCUGGAGGAGAGAACCACAGAGACUAACUGUCAUACCAGGAGCUGUCUGUCACUAAACAAACUCACACAAUCAUGCACCAGUCACUCCUUUAGCCCUCUUCCUCCUAUUUAUCCUCUUUCUCCUCUUCCUCCUCUCCGUUUUAGGAAAGUGUUUGUGAUUCUCCAAGCAUCCUUUGGUACCUUGUGACAUGAUACAGAAGUGAAGUUGUGUAGGGCAUUAAGUUUAUAUGCUGUAGAAAAAGAGAAACACCUUGUGUGAUGGAUGGGUUUCUAUCUAGAUGUCAGCAGUGUCCAGCGUAUCCACACUGAGGGCCAGUAUAUGGCCAGGUUUCAUUCCUUCCAAGCACUGUUUGGACCUCUGUCUUCAUAGAAGACUAUUAUUAGUUGAAUCAGGUGUGUUAGUGCUUGGUUGAAACAGAAGCCUGGAGCCAUACGACUGGUCCUCUGUAGAUAAGACUGGACAGUCCUGAUCUAGGGGUUGGGUUGGAUUGAGUAGUUGUGUGGGCCAGGGCUGGGCUGGGUUGGAAGGCUACCUUGGGACGUGUUGGAUGGAAUAGGGAGUGACAUGGGGUGGGAUGGGGAAGGAACUAACCAGGUCCUUGUUGACCUUCUUAACUUUGCCUGUUGCUUAUGUUCAACUAUAAUAUGUGUAGCUUAGGGCUUGUUAGUGUGCCGGGUGGUGAGUCGUAUUAUAAUCUAUGGUUUUAUUUCUUCUAUAUCAAGCUACUUUCAAAGCUUAUCAUCCUGUAAAGGUGAACAGAUAAAUACAUUUUGUUUUAAUUUGA